GGCCAAGAAAGGUGACAAUAAAAAAAACAAAAGUGAGAAUUAAGAGCUCGUUACAGUGAAAAUAUUAUAAUAAAUAUAUUUGAUAUAAAGAAUGGUUCGUUUUAAGAAUAGAUACAUUACAAUUGAAGUGUGUUCAUCAGAAGUUCCAGAAAAUAAACCAUUGGCUCUGAAGUCUUACUUAUUUCAUGAGGCCCUUAUGGAUAAAAUACAGCAACUUCAUGGUGAUUUUGGUAUUGCUGCUGUUAGAACAGGUUUACUUACCAAGUAUUGUAAUGAAAACACUAGAAUUGCUAUAAUUAGAUGUCGACAUGGACCUCAUAAAUUUGUUACAAGUGCCUUACCUUUUUUAACUAAAUUUGGGAAAUUAGAUGUUACACUAAGAACUCUCCAUGUUGGUGCAACAUUAAAACAUAGCUUUGUGUUUAUACAGAAACAUCAAAGGAGCUAUUUAGAUUUAAUGUGGUCAAAGCUUAAGACUGAUGAUGAAAGAAAAGCACUAGAAGCAGCUGUUUUAGAUUUCACAAAAACAGAUGUGUCUCUGAAUAAAGAAGGCCUUUUAAAAUUAUAAUUAUAUUAUAAGAAAUAACAGGGUAUUUAGAAUUGAGUAUAUAAAAUAAAAAUGUCAAUCUAACUACUUCUAUGUCAACAAAUAUUGAGGUUAGAAUUUCUUGUUUUAUUAUAGUACCACCUAUCAGAUUCAACAGAGCAAGAAGCAUGAUACACUGACAGACUGUUAAAGAGCAGGUGAAAUAAGUCUCAUAACAAAGUGGUGGUCAUUUACAGAAAUAAGACAGCUCUAAUGGUGAUGGCCAGAACUAUGAGAAGAGACAGCAGGAAAAACUAGACAAAAUUGUAAUAACUACCAACCACAAGAUGAAGAUGAUGAGGGCAGAAAGUUGUGGGAAGGCAAUACAGUAUUAUAAAAACAAGUGCUAUUUGGAAAGCAAAGAAUAUAUGGAAGAAGCUGGAGGAUGCUUAUGUGAAUUAAAAUAUUUUAUAAUAUACUGUAAAUAGCAGCAAUAAAGGAUUAUUAAAUAA